UCAGGGGACUGAGCGACUUUGUAUCAACUUACAAAAUGAGAUUGACCAUUGUGCUGAUUGUGUCGCUGUUUAGUGGCUUAAUUUUGGCCCAGGAAGUUGAUAAUGCCAGUGGUACACAGCCAUGCGAUGCUUGUGAAGUAAGUGAGAAACUAAAGGCUAUGGAAACCAGACUGAAUGACACUGAAACCACGCUGAUGGGCACUGAUAACAGGCUGAAGGAGAGUGAAAACCAGAUUCUUGAAAUGAAGAACAAAGAAAGCAUGAUCACCACUGCCCUGAGCCUCCUCACGAUGGCUUUUGCCUUUGUUCAUGCAAACAAUCCACCUUGCCGGACGAGAAGGAAUAACAAUGCGUACAACAGCUUUUCUAGAAAACACAUCCUUCGGGAUGAAUUUGACUACAUGAACUACAAUGAAUGGGAAAGAUACAUCAGGAACCAUGGACUCACCGACAGACCUCUGCAGUCCUUCUUCACGAGCGGGGAUGACGAAAGAGUCACGGACAUCUGUAAUGGCAAAGGACAACCGUUAAAAAGUAGUAGAUACCGAGCUAACUUAUGUAUCAGUCACAGAACAUUUCCGGUAUUUCAUGUCAAAUUGGAUCAAAAUAACAGGGUUACAAAUGUAGAUCAUGCCAUACAAUUUGUGGUUUUGGCUUGUGAUGUUGUGGAAAACCAAUGCCUUCCCGUUCAUUAUGAGAAGUACACCAACCAAUUGCCAAACCGGUCAGUUGCACCCUGUCAACCUUAGUAGAGUAGAAACGUUUUUUGCUUACAUGAAAACAUGUUAUAUUGGAUAUCUGUUACAUAUUUGAGCCUGGUUAUUAUAACAAGUUGUUACAUUAAGGAGAUGACUUGUGAUAACCGUAUCAUAUUAAACUUAUGUUACUGAUAAUUACAUUCAGUUAUUCUCAAGUCAGAAACGUUACACUUGUGUGUUCAUUUACUGUCUAUCAUUACUACAGAAGCCUAUGUCAAAAAGGUAUUUACAAUUAGGAACAUUAUUAACAUAUAUGCUGCACUUAUAAAUGGAUAUACAUUUACAA